AUGGAGAGGAAUUGCCCAGCGUACCUGUCGUCGGCAGAGCUGAAGGAGGCGGAAAACACCAUGGUCCGCUUGGUACAGAAGGAAGUUUUCGAGACAGAAUGGAAGGCGUUAUCCAAAGAGGAGGCUGUUGUGAGAGGAUCGGCGUUGCGGUGGUUCAAUCCAUUCAUAUCGACAGAUCAACUAAUUCGGCUUGGCGGCCGUUUGAAGCAUUCCAUGGACACGGAAGAAACCAAGCAUCCGGUUGUACUGCCAGCACGGCAUCUAUUCACUCACAUGCUGCUACGACACUACCACGAGCGACUGCUACACGCUGGACCACAACUGCUGUUGAGUGUUGUAAGACUUCGCUUCUGGCCGUUAGGAGGAAGGAGUGUGGUGAGGAACAUAAUCCACAGAUGUCAGACGUGCUUUCGCUCGAAACCAUCGUCAGUCCAACAACAGAUGGGGGAUCUACCAUCGUCACGAGUCACGGUUUCUCGACCCUUUUCACGGACGGGUGUGGACUACUUUGGUCCAAUCUACGUAAGGCUCGCUCCAAGGCAUCCGGCAGUCAAAGCCUAUGUAGCGAUUUUCAUUUGUAUGAGUACCAAGGCCGUGCACACGGAACUUGUCUCGGAUUUGUCAACCGACAGAUUUCUUCAGGCACUGAGACGGUUUAUCGCCAGGCGAGGGCGGUGUACCGAUGUUUUCUCCGACAAUAGCACCAACUUUGUCGGUGCACGGAAUAAGUUGCAGGACUUCCUCAAGUUGCUCAAGAACAAUGAACACCGUGAAGUUGUCACCAGGGAAUUAGCCAAGGAAGGAAUACAGUGGCACUUCAACCCUCCGAGCAUGCCACACUUCGGUGGCCUAUGGGAGGCUGCAGUUCGGUCAGCUAAAACCCAUUUACUGAAAGUCGUAGGAGAAGCACCAGUAUCCCCGGAAGACAUGAGUACACUGCUCACUCAAGUUGAAGCAUGCCUCAACUCUCGCCCUCUCACUCCCAUGUCAGAUGAUCCGAAUAAUCUACAGCCGUUAACGCCUGCUCACUUUCUGGUUGGAGAAUCACUGCAAGCGUUUCCCGAGCCAGACUUUACGGACGUUCCUCUCCAUCGACUCAAUCAAUAG